AUGAAACUCCCCCCUAACCACCGCUCGCUGUUCCUGAACCUCCCGUGGGACCAGGCCGAGAGGGUUGCCAUCCUCGAGACGACGCUCUCUGGCGUCAGCAAGCCCUUCGAAAGCGGCAUUGAUGAGGCCUAUGGAGGUCACACUCCCCAUCAGUCUGAGGCCACGGGAGCCAACUCCAGCUCUCAAGAAGUGCGCGUCGUAGGGUGCGAAAAUGAUGUUCCGCAAGUUCUGAAGGACAUGAAGAUUGUGAGGCGUCAGGUGCUGAAAGGUUUCAGCUGGCUGCAGCAUGUGUUUGUCGAGGAUAAAAAUGUCCUUCUCAAGGCAAACCCAUUCCUUCUGGUUGUUCUCUGCGAGAGGUAG